AUGUCUACUCAUGAUCAGCAGAUCCAGGGGAGAGAAUUAGGUGAAGGAUCAUCAAGGGGGGGUGGUGGUGGUGGUGGUGGACUUAUGCCUUCUGAUUCCCAACCACCACCUCCACCGCCACCGCAGCUAAGCCGAUAUGAGUCGCAGAAGCGUCGUGAUUGGAACACUUUCGGGCAGUAUUUGAAGAACCAAAGACCCCCAGUGGCUUUGUCUCACUGCAACUACAGUCACGUACUGGAUUUCCUUCGAUACCUCGACCAGUUUGGAAAGACUAAGGUUCACUUACAAGGUUGUGUUUUCUUCGGUCACCCGGAUCCGGCUGGACCUUGUACUUGCCCACUUAGGCAAGCUUGGGGCAGUCUUGACGCCCUCAUCGGCCGCCUUCGUGCAGCCUACGAAGAAAACGGUGGAUUGCCUGAAAUGAAUCCGUUUGCUAGUGGCGCGAUACGGAUUUACCUACGCGAAAUCCGUGAUUCGCAGGCGAAGGCACGAGGCAUACCUUACAAGAAGAAGAAGAAGAAGAGAAACACUCCGAUUCUCAAGGCGAAUUCGAAUGAAGAAACAUCGAGUUUUCGGAUUCAACAAUCGUGAUCUCCGGUUUUUCGAUCUUCAAGAAACUGGUGGACAUGGACAUAUAGAUUUCAAGCUCUCAAAUAUGUGACGGACUUCCAUUAAUGGAGUGGAUGCAGCUGCUCGAACUCCAUUGAUGCAAAAUGCCUGAUUCUCCUGA